CAGAAUUUCGCGCGGGAUACAGAGAUUGACAGAUUUAUUUAUAGAAACGGUAGAUAUGGCAAAGUGCCAACCUCUGAACCAGACCUAGCGCUCGAUAAAAAGUCUGUCGGGAGCAGCGUUCGCCCCUGGCGCUCGUCGGGCGAUGUAGUCGUGUGUCCUGCCCAAUUUCGGCCUUCAGAUUCACCCAUCAGCCUGGGGAGCGACCAUGAAGGGGGCGGGGCUGGGGAUGCUUGCGUGGGCGGAGACAGACGGGGCUCCUUGACAGAGGGCCGCUUCAGAAACAACAAAAGUUGCCCGGAAAAGCGGGGCAGCACGCCACGGUCUUCCCAGCGACCCGACGAAGUCGACGCCGGAGCCGCUCCACCCCAGCACCCCGAGGGCGUGGUCAGAGGUCAAGGUUUUAGACGCGGUGGCGGGAAGGCGACAGGUGUUCGCCGCAUAAGCAACAGUUGUGCACAGCUCGAUACAAUAUACAUAUCGGAGGGCUCGAACUACAAGCCCGAUCAAUUAGAACCCACAUCAUCGGCUAGGCUGAAUGAAUCUUACUCAGAUACCUGUGUCGCUCAUAUUCAGGAAAGUGUUCCUGGUUUGAAACAUAUCUCCAAUCUAACAAGCGAGCAAUAUUUGCAGCCGCGUAUAUUUCUGGAAGAAGCGCCGCUGGAACCUCACAAAGCUGAGUCAAGCGUUUCGACAAACAACCAUCGACCUUUGUCAGGACCUAGCAGUUCUAAAUCUCAGACUGCAUUUUAUCAUCCGAUUCAGGACUUACGAAGAAAUACCGGCAAAGAGAACCAUCUGCUUGGCCCAAACGUUUUCACCAAGUCUCUAGAGAACGGUUUCCAUGGAAGUCCUAUCGACACUGUACCGGAAGUAAAUCAUGAGACGCUGAGCUCAAGCAGAACUUCAAAGAAUCUUAAAAUCCAGCAUAUUGUUAAGAACGGGCGUGAGGUUUACCCUUCCGGAUCUGAUCCCGGAAACGCGGCGAUUUCUAGCGCCCUAAGGGAGCAGUCACCUAUUUGGGUCACCAGCACCAGCCGGCCAGGAGCCGUGGCGGCCCCAGAAGAGCCCCAAGACGAUGAAUGGGCGGAGCGCGUGAGUUUGAGCGACGCCAGCGACUAUCAGCACCCCGAACCGGGCAGACAUAGCCCGAGAGCAGGGGCCAAUCCGGCGCGGACGGGAAAGCGCAAACAGGGCAGCAAGAACAAUGCCAACUCCCGUUCGCGCCGGUUGAUGUCCCGCCCUGGCAGACGUGGCUGCUGCCGAAUCAUUCACCUGAAGGAGGAUAAUGCUAGAUUCAUUUUAUUGGCGGUCGUCAUGGUGCUCUACAUGCUGUCAGGAGCUGCCGUCUUCAACGCUCUGGAGAGAGAGAACGAGCUUCUGGAGCAGGCCACGUAUAAGAAGCGCAUUGAGGACUUCAAGAGCAAAUACUCCAACGUGAACGAGACGGAUUUACUCACGCUGUUGGAUAUACAUUCAGAGGCGGAGCUCGCCGGUUUUACUGGUAACAAGAGACCACGAUGGGAUUUUUCCGGAGCUUUUUACUUUGUAGGAACUGUCGUGUCUACCAUUGGUUUUGGAAUGACAACACCACGAACACCCUCGGGAAAAAUUUUUCUGGUCUUCUACGGAUUCUUCGGCUGCGCUGGAGCCAUCUUGUUCUUCAAUUUGUUCCUGGAGCGUAUCAUCACCUUCCUGGCCUACAUCCUCCGAGCCUUCCACGAACGCAGCAUGCGAAAAAAGGGUCUGCUCGGGAGAAGGAGGUCUAGCCAAGGGUCUGAGGACGAACAGUUGGAUUCGUGGAAGCCUUCCGUGUACUGGGUCAUGCUCAUCCUUCUGAUCGGCGCCCUGACGGUGGCACUGUGCGCCUCGUCCAUGUAUUACCCGGUAGAGGAGUGGACGUAUUGGGAAGCCAUGUACUUCUGCUUCGUGGCGUUCGCCACUAUCGGUUUCGGAGACUACGUGGUCAGUCAGAAGUCGGAUUAUCCUAAUGUGGUACUGUACCGGCUGGGGAACUUUAUGUUCAUUGUACUAGGCUGCUGCUGCGUGUACAGCCUUUUCAAUGUGACCUCCAUUAUCAUCAAGCAGCUCCUGAACUGGAUGCUGAGGAAGAUGAACUGCGAGUGCCGCAUACGAAAGCCCCCGCUGACCCGGCGCAACGCCAUCACGCCCGGCCACCUCCAAAAGGGCGCGCCACCCACGGCAGGAGCCUCUACUGGCAAAGCUCCAACAGUGACAGUCACAGACGGAGACAGUGACUCCGAGUACCGGAGAAACUCAGGGGAGAUGAUCUCUAUGAAGGACUUCCUACAGGCUAAUAAGAUCAGUCUCGCCAUGAUGCAGAAACAGCUUUGGGAGACGUCCCAGAGGGCGGGCUCUUACCAUAACAACAACAGCGGAUUCCAAGGUGGUGUCGGCCCACUCGCCAUUCUGAACAGAAAACUGGGCCAGGAUGAAUACGACCCUAAUUCGUGACGAAAGACCUAACGGCUUAUUGUGAAAUGACACUGAAAGUGCUUUUUUUCUGGGUCAGGGUCAAAUGUGCUCUAGAAACUAGCUGCACAAGCUGAUGUAGCUCGCAACUACAGCAGCUGAUGCAACUCUGCAAUUACACUAGCUGAUGUAACUCUGAAACUACACUAGCUGAUGUAACUCUGAAACCACACAAGCUGAUGUAACUUUGUAACUAGCAGCUGGAGCCCUAGAAGAUUAGAGCAUUAAUGUGUACUCUUAACUCUAGCUAAUACUUGGUACAUUUCCAAAGACGUUGGGACAUCAUUAUUCCCCUUGAAGUUACCCCAACACCAAGACAAGAGUUAAGGAACGUUGAUUAGGCAACAAAUUAUAGAGGCCUAGUUUGAAUUAGUUUUUAUUAUUUCUAUUAUUAUUAUUAU